UUGAUAUUAAGUGAUGUUAAUAUUUCUAAUUUAUUUAAUUGUAACAUGUACAAGGGUCAUAAAAUUCAUGCAAGCUGCAAAAAGACUUACUUUGAGAGUAAAGGAAGACUUCUUCUGGUUGGAGUAUGGCGCAACAUCAGAAACUUCCAAGUCAGGCCUGCUGGAGGAGCAUAUCGCACAACAAACCAUAUCUACAAGAUUUCAUUUAAUCAAGCAACAGUCGUUAGUCGGUCCAAUUUCAUGAAUGAUGACUUAUCUCUUAAUUUGGUCGAUUUUCAAAGCGUUCUAUCUGGAACUCUUGAUGAAAAAUACCUAAUAGAUGUGCUGGGCCAAGUUUUGGAUUGUGGUGCUGUCGAAACUAUUCAAUGUGCUGGUGGAAACCAGCGUAAAAAACUAGAGUUCACCCUAAGAGACAUCAAUGAUUCAAGAAUACCAUGCUGUAUUUGGGGCAAGUUAACCGACACUCUCCAUUCUGCCUGCAAUCAAGACGAUGGUUUGGUUACUUUGCUUCUGAGGUUUGCAAAAAUUGGAAAGUUCAGAGGUGCAUAUUUGAACUUCUAUAGAUUUCGUUAAAAAAAUAACAAUUAUUAUAUACAUAAGCCUGUAUAAUAUCUAAUCUACUAAAUCGUAUCCACAACAGGAGAAGUACAAAUCUCUAACUCCUUUGAUGCUUCUCAAAUGAUCAUCA